AACUUUCCGCCGCGGCCAGGCCGGACUUUCCCCCGCAGAAGCCCCAGCCAGGAGCGGCGAGUAGAGCGCAGGGAGCGGCCGCCACCCGCCGGGAACACGGACCCACCGCAGCCGCCAUGACUCACUUCAACAAGGGCCCCUCGUACGGGCUCUCCGCAGAGGUCAAGAACAAGAUCGCCCUGAAAUAUGAUCCACAGGCAGAAGAAGAUCUACGCAACUGGAUAGAAGAGGUUACGGGGAUGAGCGUUGGUGUAAAUUUUCAGUUGGGCUUAAAGGAUGGCAUAAUCCUUUGCGAACUUAUAAACAAACUGCAGCCAGGAUCAGUGAAGAAAAUCAAUCAAUCAGAACUAAAUUGGCAUCAGUUGGAGAACAUUGGGAAUUUUAUCAAAGCCAUCCAAGUCUAUGGUAUGAAGCCACAUGAUAUUUUUGAAGCAAAUGAUCUUUAUGAGAAUGGGAACAUGACCCAAGUUCAGACUUCACUCGUGGCACUAGCAGGUCUGGCAAAAACCAAAGGAUUCCAUACCACAAUUGAUCUUGGUGUCAAAUAUGCAGAAAAGCAAGCAAGGAGUUUUGAUGCAGGAAAACUAAAAGCUGGCCAAAGUGUAAUUGGCCUGCAGAUGGGAACCAACAAGUGUGCCAGCCAGGCAGGUAUGACUGCUUAUGGGACCAGAAGGCAUCUCUAUGAUCCAAAAAUGCAAACUGAUAAACCAUUUGACCAGACAACAAUUAGCCUACAGAUGGGUACUAACAAAGGGGCCAGUCAGGCUGGGAUGCUGGCACCAGGCACCAGAAGAGAUAUUUAUGACCAGAAGCUCACAUUACAACCAGUGGACAACUCUACUAUUUCACUACAAAUGGGUACCAACAAAGUGGCUUCCCAGAAGGGAAUGAGUGUGUACGGGCUUGGACGACAAGUGUAUGACCCCAAAUAUUGUGCUGCUCCAACAGAACCUGUAAUUCAUAAUGGAAGCCAAGGAACAGGAACUAAUGGGUCAGAAAUCAGCGAUAGUGAUUAUCAGGCAGAAUAUCCAGAUGACUAUCAUGGCGAGUACCAAGAUGACUAUCAAAGAGAUUACCAUGGUCAGUACAAUGACCGGGGCAUUGAUUAUUAGAUCUGCAUCAAAAGCUCAGUAUAUUAGUCCAUUAUUUUAUUCAGUAAAAACAAAACUAGCCUUGUGGAAUUGUUUCCCAUCUUCCUACACACUAUGCUUAAUGUUCCUAAAGAAAGAUUGCCUUACAUACAUUCCUUUUUCCUUUCUCUGCCCUUUCCCUCUUCUAGCUGCCUUUAGUGCUGUAACAGUUGUAGUCUACAGCACAACCAAUAACUGCAUAUGAAGUAAAAAGGAAUACUGUGAAAGGGGAGUACUCAUGUACAGCCAAUUCUAAUAAAGAUCUAUGCAUCUUCGCAAUCCUCUACUUAAAUAGGUAUUUACACACAACAUCCA